AUUUAUUACGAGACAUGGUUCAUCUUUAGCUCGCGCUGCAAGACGAUCUGUUCAGCGGCGGAAACUCUGUGUCCCCUCCUGAGAGUCAGAGUGAAUCUGAGAGUGUGCUGUAGACUCUUCACCUUACCACAAUGCACAUGAACAAUCUGCUGAACCACUGGAAUGAACUCACUGUGGACAUGUCCCUCAAGUCCAACAGUCCCACCCUCCUCAGCGAAUCUGCAUAUACGCUCUGCCAGGCCGGGCACCAGAGCCGCCUCCGUACCUGCGUCUGUAAACUGCAUCUCUGGGAGGAUUUCAGCACUGAGCUCAUAGGGACUGGCUUCUUCUCUAAAGUCUACAAGGUAAUGCACAACACCACAAAGAAGGUGAUGGUGGUGAAGGUUUAUAAGAGCGACGUGGAUCAGGACAGCAUCAUGAAGGAGAUCAGCCUCCUGCAAAAGCUCUCACACCCCAAUGUGGUGAGGUAUCUGGGGAUUUGUGUCAGAGAGGAUAAACUGUACCCGAUCCUUGAGUAUGUAAGCGAAGGCUGUUUGGAGGAGCUCUUGGCGAGGGGUGACAUCACACUAUGUUGGAAGGAGAAAGUGGAACUGGCAUGUGACAUCUGCAGAGGAAUGACCUACCUGCAUUCCAAGAACGUCUACCAUAGAGACCUGAACUCCAAGAACUGUCUGAUCCGAGUGACCUCACAGGGCAGAGAGGCGGUGGUGACAGAUUUCGGUCUUGCCCGAGAGGUGGUGGAAGUUCCUCUUAACAGUUCUGACAGAAAGAUGUCCUUGGUGGGUUCUGCGUUCUGGAUGGCUCCUGAGAUGCUCAGAGGAGAACCAUAUGACCGCAAGGUGGAUGUGUUCUCCUUUGGGAUCAUGCUGUGUGAGAUUCUGGCUAGAAUUCCUGCUGACCCGGAAGUUCUGCCUAGAACACGGGACUUUGGUUUGAAUGUGGAGGCAUUCAGUAAGCUGGUACUGGGAUGUCCACAGAAAGUUCUGGAACUCUCAGCCAACUGCUGUCAGAUGGACGCGUAUCACCGGCCGUCCUUCUCCGACCUCCUGGAAAAGCUUGAGGACAUUGCAGAGAGUCUGGAACCUUCAGACUGUCCCCUGAUCUCUGGGUGACCUCUGCCCCCAGGCUUAUGGACAUUACAGACCUGCAGCGAUGGACAGGACCAGGCUUUUAAAUCUAUCUACUUUGUUAGCGAGUGUCUGCUGCAUGCUCCAGCUGUUUCAGGAACUGGACCAAAUUUCAAACAUGAUCCUAUUUUUGUAAGGUUCAAAGACUAAUCUUUUUUUUUUGUCAUUUGAGUAAGUAAUAUUGAGAUCACUGUGAUCUACCUGACUAGACUGGAUAGUGAGUAUAUUUAGGCACUGGGUAGUAGUGUGUGAUUUGAGACGCUAGUUUCACUGUGAUUACCACCAGGAGGUGCCAGAGUCUUCAAAACAAUUUGUUUUUCGCACUAUAUCAGCUAUUAUUUUUUUAAUAAGGAGGUAAUGUGCACUAAGUCUUAGUUCAUUUACACACACAAACACACAAAUCCAGUCCCAACACAGCGUUUAGAACUUUAAUUGGAUUGAAAUCCCACUUGUUUUCAGCAUUAUUUCUUUCAUUAAAUAUUUUUAAUAAUUAA